AUGAUGCAAUACCUAAUUCCAGAACCAAAAACAAAAGAGAUUGUGUUCGAAAACGUGUUAUCAUCUGAUGGUCCAACAACUCUACAAGAAGUCAAAAACUUAAGCUCCAAGCGUAAAGCAGUUGAGGAAUCUGUUAACCGAAGCAGCAACGUCACUGAUGCUAUUGCAAGAGAGAUGAGCAGAGGACUUACUUCUUCCUGUGAGCAGGAUCUCCAUAAACUUGGAGAAUACCUUCCCGUACUCUUCAACUUAGUGCACCACGCUGACAAGAUUAAACAUGUUUCUGGUCUUAAGAUAAGAUGGAGUAGUGGUUUGAUCUCACAGACCUUGAUUCAGCGUAAGUGUGUGAAGUUCUUCCAAGUAGAUAACAUAAUGUUCGAGCUUGGAAUGGUUCUUUACUUCUACGCAGUUAAGCUUCGUGAGAGAGCCAUGGAGUUAGUAUCCACAGAUGUCAGGAAAUCAGUAACACUUUACCGAGAAGCAUCUGGAGUUUUUCAUCAUUUGUCUCAUGAGCUUCUUCCUUCAUUGCUACCUUCUUUGCCUCAAGGGAAGCUUCCGGAGCUAACUCCUUCGCUUUGCUUCUCUUUAAGUCUCCUAUGUUUAGCUGAAGGUCAGGCUGUAACUACUAAGAACGCUGAAGAAAGUGGAAAGAGCACAAGCCUAUUGUCAAAACUUCAUUUCGGUACUACACAAAUGCUCUCUGAAGCCUCUGCUCAUUUGUCAUCUAGAGCUAAUGGUGAAUGUAAAGACCUAUCGUCUCGCUUCCUAGAAUAUGUAGCAACAAUGAGAGCAUUACACGAGCUAAAGAGCCAAAAACACUUAGCGGAAGUGCUUGAAUCAGAAGAGAGAGUAGGUGAAGCAGUUGGUGUUCUCCGGCGUGCAUUAGCAGCGGCUAGGAGGAGUAUGCCGUCUAAAGAAGACAAGUGGAUAACAAUAUUCAAGAACGAGAGAGAGGAAGUAAGCAGAAAAAUGGCAAAGUAUGAGAAGCUAAACGAUUUCAUUUUACAGAGAAUUCCAGUAGAGACAGAGUUGCCUUUUCCUAAAGGUGAAAUGAUUGUCAAACUCAUUCCUUACACUCCCACAAGAUGGGAACAAGAGCUUCUGUUCAAGUAG